AUGCCUCGCCCGGGCAGAAACACUUACAGUGAUCAGAAGCCUCCCUACUCCUACAUCUCGCUGACCGCCAUGGCGAUCCAGAGCUCCCCGGAGAAGAUGCUGCCCCUGAGCGAGAUCUACAAGUUCAUCAUGGACCGCUUCCCCUACUACCGGGAGAACACGCAGCGCUGGCAGAACUCCCUCCGCCACAACCUCUCCUUCAACGACUGCUUCAUCAAGAUCCCGCGCCGCCCCGACCAGCCGGGCAAGGGCAGCUUCUGGGCGCUGCACCCCAGCUGUGGGGACAUGUUCGAGAACGGCAGCUUCCUGCGCCGCCGCAAGCGCUUCAAGGUGGUCAAGUCGGACCACCUGGCCCCCAGCAAGCCGGCGGACGCGGCGCAGUACCUGCAGCAGCAGGCGAAGCUGCGGCUCAGCGCCCUGGCGGCCACCGGCACCCACCUGCCCCAGAUGUCCACGUACAACCUCGGCGUGUCCCAGCCCUCCAGCUUCAAGCACCCCUUCGCCAUCGAGAACAUCAUCGCCAGAGAGUACAAGAUGCCCGGGGGCCUCGCCUUUUCCACGAUGCAGCCCAUGCCGGCCGCCUACCCCCUCCCCAACCAGUUGACUACGGUGGGCAGCUCCAUUGGCACGGGCUGGCCCCACAUGUACAGCUCCGGCAUGAUCGACACCGCCACCCCCAUCUCCAUGGCCAGCAGCGAGUACGGCGCCUACGGCGUGCCCAUUAAGCCGCUCUGCCAUGGGGGGCAGACUUUGCCGGCCAUCCCCGUCCCCAUCAAGCCUACCCCCGCCGCGGUGCCGGCCCUGCCCGCCCUGCCCGCGCCCAUCCCCACCAUCCUCUCGAACUCGCCGCCCUCCCUCAGCCCCACGUCCUCGCAGACGGCCACUAGCCAAAGCAGCCCGGCCACCCCCAGCGAGACUCUCACCAGCCCGGCGCCCGCCCUGCACUCCGUGGCGGUGCACUGA